GCGCGUACGUCUGUUUCGAUUCGUGGAGGAUAUUUUGUUUUCUGUUUUCAAUUAUUUCUUACCUGUUUUAACCUAAUUAACACCCCUCUCUAUCACGCUGAGUGGUGAAGGGCGAAUGUUGUGUACGUCUCCCACUCCUUGCGUCUGCAGGGGGCACGUCUUCCGUGUGCCAUGCAAUGCCGCACGGGGUAACAGCAACAAUGCGAGCUUUGAAGUUAUAUUAUUGCACUCAUGCAAGCAAAAGAGCGUGUAGAUGGUUGAAGCGAAGCAUUACGGCCAUGACGGCUGCACUGGGCGAGCAGCGUUGGCAUUACACCUCACGGGGGGCACUGCAAUUUCGUGGCCCUUGGUGUUUGUAUGUGUGUUUCUACUCGCGCCUAUUUCGCGCUCAUGUGCUCAACAACGCAAGAGACCCACCGACGCGCAACAGCAAAGGAGAUCGACAGAGAGAGAGAGAGAGAGAGAAGAGUUCACAUCCAAGCAACGGAUGUGGAACGUGUCGCUCUCUGUCUGUCUGUCUGCCUCUGUCUCCCGCGCACAACGUCGCCGCUGCACUUCAACUCGCCCUUCGACAACUGAACGGUGAUACUGAGUAUAUGUUUCUCGGAAAAGGAAAGAAGGAAUCAAACGAAAUGCGCAGUGGAUGUCGCAGAGAUAAAAAGCGAAGUGAAUAACAACUGGUGUGGUUAGAGCUUCUUACUAGUAAUAGUAGGCGGACGCUACGAUCUUGUGUACUGACGCACCAUUGACGUGCGCACCUCAGAACUUGUCGCACUAGCGCGUUCCUAUAUGCCUGGCUGUACAAAUGAGUGUUCCCGCGCGGUUGGAGGCGAUUGCUUUCCCUUGGUGCUCCUCGCACCACUCGCAUCGCUGCAUCAGCUACUUCUCUUCGUUUACGUUUGCCUCUCACUUUGCGUUGUGAUGUCUCACAAUGCAUGUGUUCGUUACCUCAGCGUGACAGGAAAUCCAGCACUGCAGCCAAGUAAAAGGAAACUCUGGCCACAUUUUUAUUAUUCUUCCAGGCUGUUUCCUACUCAGCACCACAACCCACCUCUUUCAUCGUGCUACACAACCACACUUACGCACACACGCGCCCGAUGUCCAUGAGCUCCCAAUUAUCCAACGCGUCCACGCCACCGCGGCGCCCAGCACGCAGCCCGACGUCGUUUGCAUCCGCCAGCCGCGUCGACGCCCUCUAUGACCGCCUGCCGCAGGUGUCCUUCACCGACUCCGCGCGCUCGGAGGAGGCAGACGAGUCGGCGUACGCCAGCUACUCACCCCUGCCACGGCACCAGAGGGAGGGUAUCAGCACGCCGUGUUGGAGCUGUCGCCAAACACAGCGCCUGCGCACCUCGCUGAAGCGGAUUGAGUUGGACUACUUAACCCAAAUUCAAAGCCUGCAGCAGCAACUACGGCACGUCACGGCCCAACGCGCGCUGGCGCUGCAGGAGCGCGAUGAGCUCUUAACGAACGCCGAUGCGGCCGCCACGCAGCAGGCGAUGGUGGAGCAGGAGGCGCAGUCGCUGCGGGUGGAGGUGAUGCAGGCGGUGCAGGAGCGACAUGAACUCGAGCGUCGUGUGCAGCAACUCGAAACGUCGUGUCAAAGCACCGUGGAGCAGCACGUACGGUGGGGCUCUGCGUUACUGGAGGAGACCGAAGUAGCAGCUCGACGAGACUCCAGGGCCUCGGAGGAAAAUGAGCGGCGUCUGCUGCACGAGCUUUGCAGCACAGAGGCGAGAGCCAUAAAGGAGAUGCUGCGGCCCAGCACCGUCGUCGCCACGCCGCCCCGGUGCAACGCAGCGAGCGGGACAGCAGUGAACGGCUCCACCAUCCUCUCAAGCACCUUCUCCCCAACCGGCACCUCAUCACCAGGGCUGUCCGAUGGCGGGCGCGAGCGGCGGUCGUGUUCACCGCGGCCGUCGCAACGACGCGAAGUUGCCGCGCCGCACCACACGCAGCGCCCUUCGACGUGUGGCGACGCGUCACGCAUCGGUUUGGAAAGCGCCACCGACGUCUCUCGCGCUCUCGCCCUGUCGCACACCGCCGAGGAGGCGGAGGAAAAGGUAAGGAAGAUGGAGUGGCGAAUGGAGCAGCAGCGCAGCAGCUUUGAGAUGCAGCUGGCGGAUGAGCGGGCGCUGACGGCGGACAUGCAGGCGGAGAUGGACGAUCUCAUUGAAAGUGAACUCAUGCUGUUGGAGUCGGAGGGCCGCCGUACCAUUGAAAAGGACGCCGCAGAAGCCCGCACGGCACUCUUCACACAUCACAUUUCGAUCUUCGUACGGCAGCAUCAACAGGAGGCGGCGAGCAUCACAGCGACCGCUAUGCAAACAGCAGCAGCAGCAGCAACGGCAACGGCGACGGAGUCUACGCACGCGGAUGUGCUGGAUUUGGUGGAAGAGAGCGAGAACGCAGCGUGGCGCACGGAGAUGAGUGAAGCAAUGAGCAACGUGCAGCAGCAGCUGUACCAGCUGUUGUGUGCUGCGCCGCCAUCCAGAAUGAACCUGGAAAGUGCACGGAACAAGGAAGUGAUAGACUGUGUGCGUGAGGAGGCCGCUGAGAUUAAAGAACACCUCGCCGCAUUGCUGGACGCAUCUGCGCAGGCGCGGGUGGAUGGCGAUGCCUUACGGACCGAAAUGAAAGAGCACUUCGACGAGGUGGGCGAGCGGCAAUGCCGGCAGGAGGCUUUUAUGGUCACCACCUCGUGCAGCCCGGCGCAGCGGAACGAAGCACCGGCGCUGCUGCUGGAGCAGCUUCGGAAGGAGCUCGAGCCGCAGCGCGAACUGAGCGAAAGGUUGUGUGAGAUGCUGCAGCGGGCAUCCCACACCACCGUCUCUGCCGGGGCAACUGCGGCGGAGAGUGAAAGCAGCAGCAAGGAAAGAACAUCCACGUCUCUCAGGCCAUCCUCCCAUCACCGGGCGUCGGAAUCAACCGGGAGACUCGGCGGAAACCCAUUGGGUAUGGUGACCCCGCGGAAAAAGGCAAAGCAUCGCGAUCCUGCCGCCGACAUGAUGGCUCCCGCAGAGCACAUUCCUGCAGCUGUUCCCGUGAGUUCUGACAACCAACCCAGGCAACAGCCGCCCUCAGCUACUGCCUGUCAUUCCUGUGACGAUCAACUGAGCACCAUGACAACCGUCUCCGAAUCCACCGUAGAGCAAGACGCAUCCCUUUUGCAACGGAAGUCGUGCACCUCCGACUCGCGAUUUAUCGUUCCAGAGGAGGCACUAUUUGACCCGCAGCACAUUCACGUCGACGCGAGCGCUGCCGCGGAGCAGAUAUCCGCGUUGCUGAGCGAGGGGUCGUUGAGCGAUGCCGAGAGCGACUGCCUUUCUCCAUACGAUGAGUACUGA